AUGUCCUUUUCAGGUAAAGAAGAUCCAAAAACUUUAGUUUUAUUUGAUGUUGAUGGUACUUUAACACCAGCAAGAUUAACAAUUUCACCAGAAAUUAAACAAUUAUUACAAGAUUUAAGAAAAAAAGUUGUUAUUGGAUUUGUUGGUGGUUCAGAUUUACAAAAACAAGUUGAACAAUUAGGUUCAACUGUCUUGGAAGAUUUUGAUUAUGCUUUUAGUGAAAAUGGGUUAACUGCUUAUAAAUUAGGUGAAAAAUUAGCUUCUCAAUCAUUUAUUAAUUGGAUUGGUGAAGAAAAAUAUAAUGAAUUAGCUAAAUUUAUUCUUGGUUAUUUAUCACAAAUUGAUUUACCAAAAAGAAGAGGUACUUUUAUUGAAUUUAGAAAUGGUAUGAUUAAUGUUUCACCAAUUGGUAGAAAUGCUUCAACUGAAGAAAGAAUUGAAUUUGAAAAAUUUGAUAAAGAACAUAAAAUUAGAGAAACUUUUGUUAAUGCCCUAAAGGAAAAAUUCCCAGAUGUUGGCUUAACUUAUUCAAUUGGUGGUCAAAUUUCAUUUGAUGUUUUCCCAACAGGUUGGGAUAAGACAUAUGCUUUACAACAUGUUGAAUCUGAAGGUUUUGAAAAAAUUCAUUUCUUUGGUGAUAAAUCUUAUAAAGGUGGUAAUGAUUAUGAAAUUUAUGAAGAUCCAAGAACUAUUGGUCAUGCUGUUAACAGUCCAGAAGAUACUGCUAGAAUCUUGAAAGAAUUAUUCUUUUAA